AUGGAUAGAAAAAACAAAGGUAAGGAGGUAUUGGAUAAGUUUUCGGAUGCUGUGAGGGUUUUACUCGUGGAUGAUGACAAGAUUUGUCACCUCGAACUGGCAAGAAUGCUCCGGCUAUCUGGUUAUGAAGUUACUCCAUGCAAAGGAGCGAAGAAUGCUUUAGAUCGGCUUAGAAAGGACACAAGCAGAUUUCAUAUUAUGAUCACUAAGAGAAACCUGCUUGAUAUGGAGCUUCUUCAAAAAGUUGAACGAGAGAUGAAUUUGCUUGUUAUAGAGCCUACUUCCAAGAAAAUUAAGGAACGCAUGGAAGCUAAAGGUGUCAAAGGUCUUACUAUAGAAAUUGUAAAAAGCCAUAAGCAGGGGUACAAUGACAAAGAUGGUCCCAGUUCAGUGCAUGUACUUGAAUCUCUGAAUGCAGCAACCCAACUGCCACGAGCUCCAGCUGCAAUGAACAUGAGUUCACAACAUCACAUAGGAGCUCCCCAGAUCAUGACUCAACCUUCAUCAAGUAGACAAAUAUGCAAUGAUCUGCCUGGUUUUGAUGACGGCACCUCCAUUAAUGCAUCCACAAAUUUACUUGCCAAUAAUCCUCAAAAUCUGGACUUGGAUGAGAUUGUGCUUGCCCCGUCUGACGACCUUGAUUUCUACUGGGAUUUUUUAAUAAGCAGAUUCCCUGAACAACUCCAACUCUGA